AUGGUAGAUGUAGAAUUCUAUGUUCUUUUGUUGCUUGGAAUGGGAUAUGGGCUAGUUCAAUUGGGCUUAUCUCUCCGUGAUUCAAGCGUAGGCCUGUUGCACCUUAACAUAUUAUCCGGUUCAUAUAAAACCCUAUGCGGGAUAUUUCAGUCCAAAAUUCUUGCACAAACCCGCAGAUUAACGCGCCAAUUUAGAAGAGAGGGAGACAAUGAAAGUCAAGAUUUUGCAUGGCAUGCCGUUUCUUCAUGGACAUGGGACGCUCAGGAUGAAACUUGUGGUAUAUGUAGGAUGGCAUUUGAUGGUUGUUGUCCUGAUUGCAAACUCCCUGGUGAUGAUUGUCCACUAAUAUGGGGUGCUUGCAACCAUGCAUUUCAUCUUCAUUGUAUCUUGAAGUGGGUGAAUUCUCAAUCUGCUCAAGCACAUUGUCCCAUGUGUCGUCGUGAAUGGCAGUUUAAAGAAUGAACAAAGAAUAUUGUGCAUCUUUUGCUCCUGAACGGAAGUAGAAGGAAUGGGUUCAAAAUAUAGCCCACAACUAGGAUUCUCUGUCUCGUACCUGUUGAGAGGAGAGGUAAAAAAGGUGUUUGUUUCCUAUUAUAUUUUUGUAUUACAGUCUCUGUGUGAUACUAUAUUAUUCUAUCGAGAAUAGCUGUGCUGAUGUGUGCUCAUCCCCAUACACAAUUAUUAAUUAAACCUUCAAGGCCUAGAUAGGUAGUGUUAUUUUUAUCAGACUUGGAAGCAGGCGCAGAUAUUCUCUGAGUCAUCCAUCCAAAGUCUUAGAUCAAUUGCCAGCCAGUUGAUUGAGAAGAAAAGGACAUAACGGACGCUUGCUUCCCCUCCAAUCUGCAUGUCAUUAUUAGUCAGGCUUCCGUUACAAACUUGUCUCUCCCCCAUACCUUUCCACAUGAAAUUGGAAAACAAGCAUAAAUUGACUCUUAACAGAAUUGUGCCUUGGGACUGUCUUUUUGCCGUGUCCAUGAGCUAUCAGGCACAUGUAAGAUGGACUGUGAGUCUGUGACAUAGCUGUCAUAGGGACAAUGUUUCGUUUGUGAAACGUGAUGUACCUCGAAUCAGUUGUAAUAUCUUGUGAAUUCAAGGUGUUCGGAAAUUUGAUUUCAGAAUUCUGGUGUAUCCUCUUUCCAUGUAACUACACCCUUUUUACAAAAUCUAUUUGUAACAUUCCAUUCA